UUUUCAAUGAUCUGACACAUACUUCUUUUCGAGCUGCAAUUCAUGCCUUACGGAACCAGGAGUUGGUCGUGUGCAGUACCGACUUGCGAACUCGUUUGGGUUUUUCAAAUUUCAAGCCAGAAAUCAUGGCUUCGAAAGGCAAAAAGGGGAAAAAAAGCAGGUGGGAAAAGAUUGCGCUGACAGAUUUGAUAUCGGAGACUCCUAGUGGCAUGCCUGCCGUGCCUAUCAAAGUUACAAGCUGGGCCGACGAAAUUGACGACGACAAUGACAUUUACACUUCGAGAAAACCUCAGGAGCCUGUCGUUUUACCAACUGCUCCUCGAGCUGCUCGUGGUCCUGGCGUUGAUGAAGAGAAUAUUCCAACUAAUCCACCGUUCGUCGCUUAUGUUUCCAAUUUGCCGUACGACGUGCUCGAAGAGGAUCUCGAACAGUUUUUCGCUGAUAUGCAGGUGACAAAUAUGCGUCUUCCCAAGGACACAAACAGGCCCAAGGGAUAUGGCUACGUCGAUUUCGAGGAUCGUCAGAGUCUGAUCGACGCUCUGUCAUUGACAAAUACGACCAUCAAAGGGAGACGCGUAAGAAUCGAGGUCUCCAACAGCAACAGUGAGGAUCGACGUGGUCGUAUGGGAAUGAAUCGAGAUUACGGUCGUCGUGAUAAUUACGACGAUGCCGAUCGUAACUCGGAUUGGAGAAGUGGGCCUCGUGACGAGCCCUCUGGCGACAAUGAUCGUUUCCGUAGUCGUCGCGGUGGCUUCGAUAAAGAUCGUCGCGAAGAACGCGACAGCUCCGCGAGUGACAACAGACCUGGUGCUUGGCGAGAGGGUCGUACUCCUCUUCCAGAUCUUCCCGAUCGCGGUGGUUCGUCUUUCAGCGAUCGCCGCGGUUUCCGCAGUGACGACAGAGACCGCGAAUUUUCACGUUACGGGGAUCGCGGCAGCAGAGAUCGCGAGGGUUCUGAUCGAGGCGAUCGAGGAGGAGAUCGAGGUGAUCGGGGCGGCGGUAGCGGCUUUGGCCCUCGUCGUAAUUACGGCGGCGAUCGUGACCGUGAUCGAGAUCGCAACUAUGGCGGUGAUCGCGAAUCCGAUUGGGGCAGCCGACUCUCAUCUCGUCCGCCCACUGCAGAACCUGCUGCUCCUGCUGAACCACGUACACGUGUAAAGUUGAACUUGCAACCAAGAACGAAGCCCAUUGAUCCACUGGUCAUUAAAGACGAUGGGGCGGAGGGAAAGGCAGGAUCAGAAGGGGACACACCAGCUGCAGCUCCGGCACCGACACCGGUUCCAGCCGCCAAUAUCUUCGGUGCUGCUAAACCAGUCGAUACUACAGCACGCGAGCGUGAGAUUGAAGAACGUCUUGCAAAGAAGGCUGAAGAAGGAGAACGCAAAGUUCCGCCAAGGGAAGGAGGAGAAAGAGGCGAACGAGGGGAAAGAGGAGAGCGGGGAGGUUGGGUAAAACGCAACGGGGAGGGACGCAGCGAGAACGACAGAGACAGGCCUCGUCCAGCAUGGCGUUCGGAAGAGGACAGAGAACGACAGGUUGACAGACCUGGAGUUCGUCAUCCUCCCGGUUCUGGACGUUCUGAUGGACGCAACGAAUCGCGCGGGCCUCCGUCUGCGCGAACUGGUUCGUCAGCCCCACGCGGUGGUCCAAAACCCAGCGAGUCUCGUGGAAUGGAAAGGGAACGCAAGGAACGCAGGGAGGACGGUGUUCCUCCGAUGCCAAAAGCCACCGAUGACCCAGUUCCGAAUUUUGUAGCUUCCAACAAGUAUUCCAUGCUACACGAGGACGUGGACACGGACAUAAGCUACGAUUAGUUCCGCUCAUUAUAAUUUAUAUCUGCAAUUAAAUUGUGCCACAUGCAUCAUGAUUGGUAAACAUAAACACACACACAUAUUAUUAACGAUUCGUUCUACCUACGUGAAAAAAAAAUGUUUAGGCGAUUUAUUCGAUUAUCGAGAUGAAACAAAAAAAAACUCAACAAUAACAACAACAGAACCCAUAACCGGCGCCAUUUUUUAAUGAGAAGGAAGAUGAAGAAACAUUGCUGAUUUGUAUUUAAUCAAUUUUACGAUUCCUAAUAUAAUUAAUUACCUGCAUACCGAUGUUCACUUGGUAUUUCGAAUGCUCGAUGUACUAAGUUUGUCAAAUUGUAGGGUAUAUAAACGGGGGAUUUGAAAUAUAAGUACGAAAUAAAAAAAAAUGAAAAAAAAAAAAAAAAACAACGCGACACACUUGAGUCCAGAACCUGUGUGGUGGCCACACUCAUUUGGGGAACUUUAUACUUUAACCGAUAAUAAAAUGAAAAGGAAAAAAAGAAAAAAAAUCGAAAACAAAUCAUUUUCUCUGCAAAUAUUGUACAAUAUGCAAGUCAUAUGAAUGUAAUAUAAUGAUGCCGACGAAAACGAACGAUUAAAAUGAUCAAUGUACCAGGAACGGAAAAAA